GACGAAACCAGAUUCCAUCAUAAGACUCCUUCCUGCUCAUCCCACAGGCCCUGAGGGACUCGGCUUCAGUAUAACGUCACGGGACGUUCCCAUCGGCGGCUCGGCACCCAUCUACGUGAAGAAUAUUCUGCCUCGGGGAGCUGCCAUCCAAGAUGGCCGCCUCAAGGCAGGAGACAGGCUGCUGGAGGUGAAUGGAGUGGACCUGAAUGGGCGGACCCAGGAGGAGGUGGUGUCUCUGCUCAGGGCCACGCCCAUGGGCGGGGCUGUUGGGCUGCUGGUUCUACGGCAGGAGGACACUUUCCUCCCACGAGAAGUGAAUGCUGAGCCCCAGGUGCAAUGCCCCAGAGAUUUGCAUCCGAGGCAGCCUGUGACAGCCGGGAAACCCCAUUGGCUGAUUGAGAAGACAGAGGAGGACGACUUGGUCCUGACUCCAGACGGGACCAGAGAGUUCCUGACCUUUGAGAUCCCCCUCAGUGACUCAGGUUCAGCUGGGUUGGGUGUGAGUGUCAAAGGUAAUCGCUCCAAGGAGAACCACGCUGACCUGGGCAUCUUCGUCAAAUCGAUUAUUAAUGGAGGGGCAGCCUGCAAGGACGGGCGGCUUCGAGUGAAUGACCAGUUGAUAGCUGUCAAUGGAGAGUCGCUAUUGGGCAAAACCAACCAUGACGCCAUGGAGACGCUGCGCAAAUCCAUGUCAACGGAAGGCAACAAACGUGGGAUGAUCCAGCUCAUUGUGGCCAGACGAGUGGCCAAAGGAAAUCAGGAGGCACCAGGGAGCCCACUGGGACCUCAGACUUUGAACACCUCUCUGGACGAUCACGAGCGCCGAAUCUCCCACUCUUUGUACGGUGGCCUGGAGGGCCUCGAUGACAACUUGAUGCCACGGCAAGGCAUGAUGCCUCGCACAAUAGGAAACUAUCAGCUCUCACCGACCGUCAACAUGCCGCAGGAUGACACUGUGAUCAUAGAGGAUGACCGGCAGCCCCUCUUCCCACCCCACCUCUCUGACCAGUCAUCAUCCAGCUCCCACGACGAUGUGGCUUUCACUGCUGAUGUGACGCCGCCGUGGGCCAAAGAGCUGCCCAGUCAGAUUGAAAGCUCCCUGAGUCCAGAUGAAAAUCAUCCAGACGCCGCUUUCCAGAGGGAAGGCUUUGGACGCCAGAGCAUGUCAGAGAAGCGCACCAAGCAGUUUGGAGACGCAACUCAGCUCGAGAUCAUCAAGACACGCAAGUCCAAGAGCAUGGAUCUAGUAGCCGACGAGAUUAACCUCACCCCUCGUCCCGAGACCAACACAGGUUCUUCCACAAAAGAUGUGGGACCAUCACUAGGCUUAAAGAAGUCCAGCUCUCUCGAGAGCCUCCAGACGGCUGUUGCCGAGGUAACCCUCAAUGGGGACCUCCCCUUCCACAGGCCGCGACGUAUAAUCAGGGGGCGGGGCUGCAACGAGAGCUUCAGAGCAGCCAUCGACAAAUCCUACGACCGACCAGCUGCAACGGAAGAAGAUGAUGAGGGCAUGGAGACAUUGGAGGAGGACACAGAGGAGAGUUCACGAUCAGGGAGAGAUUCUGUGUCCACUGUGGCCGACCAGACCCCGCUGUCCGGCUCUGAAAAACCCCUGGUCAACGGCACUAAUCGCACCAAAGAGGAGAAGAAGAAAGACAAAGACAAGGGAGGGAAGGAGAAGAAGCCAGAUGGAGGGAAGGAGAAAGACAAGGGAAAAGCCAAGAAGGGCAUGCUGAAAGGACUCGGGGACAUGUUCAG